UAACAAACCCUCACAUCCAACUCUCAUGCAGUACUUGUCCUCUCCUCUUCACUACUUCACUGACACCAUGGACUCAGCGAACCAAACCGCCCUCUCCGAUGGCGAAGGCGCGACGACCGCCGCUGCAGCCUCUAGCAUGGCCAGCUACAGCUUACUCCGGCUCCUGCCGGAGAUUCAGACAGUCGAGAUCCUUCUCGCCCUCGCGAUCUUCGUAACAAUUCACUCGCUGCGCCAGCGCAAGAGCCACGGCCUGGCGGUGUGGCCGGUGGUCGGCAUGCUCCCGUCGCUUCUCCUCGCCCUCCGUGACGACAUGUACGAGUGGGUGACCCGCGUGCUCGACGAGCAGGGCGGCACAUUCACCUUCCGCGGGCCGUGGUUCACCAACCUCCAGUGUGUCGUCACCGCCGACCCCCGCAACUUGGAGCACCUCCUCAAGACCAAAUUCUCCAGCUUCCCUAAGGGCCCCUACUUCCGCAACACCGUGCGCGACCUCCUAGGCGACGGAAUCUUCGGUGCGGACGACGAGACGUGGCGCCGCCAACGAAAGGCUGCGAGCCUGGAGUUCCACUCGGCGGAGUUCCGCUCGAUGACGGUGAGCACCCUCUACGAGCUGGUCCACAAGAGGCUCCUGCCGGUGCUCGACGAGGCGCACGAGAGCAGGACGGCCGUGGACCUGCAGAACGUGCUGCUCCGGCUGACCUUCGACAACGUGUGCAUGAUCGCGUUCGGCAUCGACCCGGGCUGCCUGCAGCUGGGGCUACCGGACAUCCCCUUCGCUCGUGCGUUCGAGGACGCGACGGAGGCCACCAUCAUCCGCUUCCUCACCCCGACCGCCAUCUGGAAGGCGUUCCGCCUCGCCAACCUCGGCAACGAGCGGCGCCUCGCCCGGUCACUGAAGCGCGUCGACGAGUUCGCGUACGAGGUGAUCCGCACGCGCAAGAAGGAGCUGCAGCUUGACGCGUCACGGGGCGGCGCGAGGUCGGACCUGCUCACGACGUUCAUGAGGCAGCGCGACGAGGACGGGCGCGAGUUCUCCGACAAGUUCCUGCGCGACAUCUGCGUCAACUUCAUACUGGCCGGCCGCGACACCUCAUCGGUGGCGCUGGCGUGGUUCUUCUGGCUGCUGAACAAGUACCCGGAGGUCGAGGCGAGCAUCGUGGCCGAGCUGAGGAAGAUCGUGAAGGAGCGGUCGCCGACCGCUGCCGCGGCGGACGCAGAUGAAGGGGGAGAGGAGGGGGAGUUGGUGUUUCGGCCCGAGGAGGUGAAGAGGAUGGAGUAUCUGCAGGCCGCGCUGUCGGAGGCUCUCCGGCUGUACCCGUCGGUUCCGGUGGAUCACAAGGAGGUUGUGGAGGAUGAGGUAUUCCCUGAUGGCACAGUGCUGAAGAAAGGAACAAAGGUCAUUUACGCGAUGUACUCGAUGGGGCGAAUGGAGAGCAUUUGGGGGAGCGACUGUCGCGACUACAAGCCCGAGCGGUGGCUCAAGGACGGUCGCUUCAUGAGCGAGUCCGCUUACAAGUUCACCGCAUUCAACGGCGGCCCACGUCUGUGCCUGGGAAAGGAUUUUGCCUACUAUCAGAUGAAAUUCGCUGCGGCCUCCAUUCUCUAUCGGUACCAUGUCAAGGUGGUCGAGAACCACCCGAUCGCCCCGAAGAUCGCCUUGACCAUGUACAUGAAAUACGGGCUCAAGGUGAACCUCCACAAAAGAGACGACGCAACGCUUCUCGAAACAUAGAAGGGGCGCGAAAAGGGUUAAUGUUGAUCAGGGUCAUAGUUUAUACUUGAACUAUUCUAAGGUAUAUGGGAGCUGCAUUUGGAGAUGGUAUGUGAAAAGGUUGAUGCAGCAGUUAUAUGUGGAUUCUUUAAACUCUGCACUGUUUCUCCUGGUUUUGUUUUUUGUUUGGUUAUUCAUAUAUGACUUGGUGUAAUGUAUAAUGAAGUUGAAAUAGUAUAUAUAAUAGGAACAAAGCGAAAUAAAGUGAGUUGAGAUAUGUGCAUAUAUGUACAUGUCCAUGAUUCACUUCCCUACAUUUUUAA